ACUGUGCGAAGGUCAAGAGUUUCGCGCCAAAUCGAGAAGUAAACAAAUCUCCUUGACGAGUUGACGUGCUGAGUCCUGCUUGGCGCUGGUCACGCCGCUAUUCCUGACAGUGCUCGUGUCGCCACAUUAACACAUUGUUCACUAUGUUUGACGGUGGAGGCUUUGGGGGAGAUGCUGGAGACUAUGGCACACAACAGUUCUCCUCCCCAGCCCCUGAAGCUAAAAAGCAAGGCAACAAGAUAGAGAGUAUGCUGCCUCUCACCAUAAAGACUGUGUUGGACUUGGAUGAGAACAACCAGGAAUACCUUGGCACUAAGGUUAACAUGCUGUUAGUGAUGGGUAAGAUCCAAGAGGUGAAUGUUACUAGUACAAAAGUGACCUACAUACUGGAAGAUACCACAGGCUCCAUCUCCGCUAUCAAGUGGCUCGACUCAGAGUCUGAGGAAGAAACCUUGAUGGAGAACACUUACUGCCAGGUGUAUGGGACCUUGAAGUCCUACCAUGGCAAUAAGCAGCUUCUUGCUCUGCAUAUGGAGCCUGUCACAGACUUCAACUGGAUCACUGCACAUUUAAUGGAUGUGAUGUACACGGCUCUGCAGCUUUCACGCUUGAAGGAGGAGGCAAUUGAUGGUGGCUUUAACAAAGGUGCCAUGGCGGGAAGCAAUGAUAACAUGUCAAACUCCAUGGUGGGCUUUGGGAGUUUGGCUGGCCCUGGGAUGCCUGAUGGGGGCAUGGGUGGCGGUGGCAGCGGUGGGUACUCCUCGAUGAACCUCACAGCGAAGCAGAGAUGGUGCUUGAGGGCUGAGAGGACAAGGACUUUGUCUAUCCCCAAGAUUGGGAAGAGAUUGCCUGCUUGGCCUAUGGCUCAGUUGAUCCGGUCAUCCUGUGAUGACGAUGGCAACUCGAGAGACUACAUCAAGGUGAAACUCAAGGGGAAGGUGACAUCGCAGGAGGUCGAUAAUGUUCUCUUCUUCCUGAGUGGUGAGGGACAUGUUUUCACCACUGUGGAUGAAGACCACUUCAAGGCCACUGAUGGUUAGCUACACACUGUCUCAGCCCUUCAGUCUGAGAGGGAAGCCUCUGUGGGGUAAUUUUCUCCCUAUUUGGUUUUGGCUGUUACUUCAUUGUUCCUUUAGGCACUAUUCAUUGAGUGCAAGGCCAUACUUUGGAAUUUCUAUAGUAUUUCUAAAGGAACUACUUAAUUGUGUACAUUCCCACUUAAAGAUCCAAAGCUGUUCAGUAUGAUGCAGAAAUAAUUGAACACAAUAUGAUUGCAUACUAAGAAUUAUUGCCUUUAGUUUCUCAAUUUAGUAUGUUGAAUAUUUAUUUGUAUUCUCAUUGUAAGAAAGAAAAUUAUAAAUUGUGAUGUUUUUGAGUUUGCCAUUGUAUAUGUACUGUAUAUUGCCUUCUGAAUUUCUAUAUCAUUUCUCAAGGAACUACCUAAUGUGUGCAUUCCCAGUUAAAGAUCCAAAGCUGUUUAGUUUGAUACUCAAAUAAUUGUACACACAGAAUAUGAUUGCAUACUAACAAUUACUGCAUUUUUAGUUUCUCAAUUUUGUAUGUUAAUAUAUAUUUGCUUUUUCAUUAUGAUGAAAACUAGAAAUUAUGUGAUAUUUUUAGUUUCCUAUUAUAUAUGCAUAUUGCUAAUGUGAAAUCAGACUGUAUACAAGUUCAGUGAAGCAAUAGUAAAAAAAUUCCACAUUUAUACAAAAGACUGGAUUAAGUUUCAUAUUUACACAAGAAAUCAAGAGAAUAAACUUAAUACAUUUGAGACUAAUUGUGAGAUGACUUUGUUCAUUGGCUUCAUUUAAACCUGAGAUAAGGAGCAUCCACUGAGUGUAGCAGGAAGCCUUGACUUAAUACAGAGAAAACAGUUCAUUGUGUUACCUGAAGAACCAGUUGAAAAUGUAUUGCCUCUACAAAGAAAAAAAAAAACGAGAGGAAAAAAAUGGUUCUUGUGCUCUGUAUGAAGGAUCCAAGAAAAAGGUGCCUCUGGUACAGUUCUUGGUUCAUGACUGAAAUUUUGUUAGUUUUCUUCAGUGGAACCUUGGUUACCACAUGCCUCCUUUUUCAAAAAAAAAUUUGAACUCUUGGUUUCUUUGGUUACAAAACCAUAAAUUCAGUUCUUGAACAGUUACUUGAUUUCAAAUACUAAAAAAUGAAGCUAAACCUUCUGUAAAUUACUAAUUUAUAGUUAGGUAUUUCCUUCAUUUUAUGUAUUUGGAGCAUAGAUACAGUGGGUAAAACUAAUUCAGUCUUUGAAAUAAGUUAAAUGUGAUUUUGUUGAAAAGCCUCAAUGUAAACAGAUCGUUAUUAGUGCUCAUUGUAAUCCUGAGUCAUCUGUACCUCUCUGCACAACUGCAUUUUCUCAGCAGCAAGAUGUCUAAGUGUUAUGAUCACCUUCAUUUUGGUGGUGAGUGGGUUGCUCUUCUCUCUUCUCUGUGUUACUCUGUAGGGGUUCCUUCAUUGGAUCAGUGGCAAAGAGAACACCUGCCCCAUUUAAACAUUAUCUCCUGAUGAGUUCCAUGUCACUAAGUUAUUCAAUAUGUCCUAUCUAGGUAAAUAAUUUCUGAGCAAGGAAUGUGAAGCAGCCAUCAUGGAUGUGGGAGCAUGUGAUGCGCUACUGAGACAGGGUGGACGGAUGUCUUGGAACAGAUUAAUCCAGUUUACAUUGAUUCCUGUGGGAAACUAGUUUUGGCUUCCAAACAUUUCAGAUUUUGAACAGCAUUGAAAAAUGAUUAGUAAGCUUGAGAACUGAGGUUCCAAUGUACUGUCUUACAUUUUCUUUGGUAAGAGGUAGUAAUCUUGUAACAAUAGUUUAUGGUCUUAUAAUGCCUUGAAGCUAUUUGAUGUUGAAGGAUAAAGAGAUGCACUACCAGCUCUUCCCAACUUUAAUGUUCACAGGAACAACAUAGAAGUGCCAGAGUGCUGGUAGUUGUUGUUGCUGCUGCAUUCUGGCCAAUACCAUAUUGGUGAAAUAAAAAUUAUCAACAACCA